AUGUACGGGCGUUGGGACUUGGAGCGGAUUGCGACGGAGGUGGAGGGCAAAUCGCUGGACGACGUCCGGCGAUACGCCGCCGUCUUUUGGAGUCGGCUGGAGGAAUUGAGCGACUGGCGGAAAUUGCUGAAAAAGAUACAAGACGGAGAGGCAGUCAUUCAAAGAAGAAGAGAACUAGAACAAGUAAUUGUGAGACGCCAGCAGCAAAGUGAUUUCCCGUGGCGGCGUCUUCCAGUGAAUUUUGCUGCUGCUACGAAGUCGAAGUCCUUCUUCGCUGAAGAAGAAGACAUCUUCGUCCUCAACCUCACCACCCUACUAGGUACACUAACAACUCCUGCUGCUCCUGCUGCUGCUCCGGAUGCUGCUGCUGCUGCUGCUGCUGCUGCUGUCGUUGUGGUCGUGGCUGUGGCUGCUGCUGUGACUGCUGCUGCUGCUGCUGCUGUGGCUGUGGCUGUGGCUGUUGCUGUUGCUGCUGCUGUGGGUGCGUCUGUGGCUGCUGCUGCAGCUUCUGCUGUAGCUGCUGCUGCAGCGGCUGUUGCUUCCAGCUACGGCAAUUGGGAGAAACUCCGCAGCCAGGUAAAACCCAUAAUAUACAGCAACCUUCGCCCUGCUGCUGCUGCUGCUGCCUUUGCUGCCGCUGCUACUGCUGCUGUUGCGGUUGCUGCUGCUUCUGCUGUUGCUUCCGGUGGUGCUGCUGCUAUUGCUGCCGAUGCUUCUGCUGCUGUUGGUGUUGGUGAUAGUGCUGCUGUUGCUGCUAGCGUUGUUGCAGCAGCAGCAACAGCAGCAGGAGCAUUAGCAGCAGGAGCAUUCAUUAGCACCAGGAGUAGCAGCAGCAGGAGCAGCAUGAGCAGGAGCAUUAGCAGCAACAGCAGCAGCAGCAGCAGCAGGAUCAGCAACAGCAGCAGCAGCAGCAGGAUCAGCAGCAGCAGCAGCAGCAGGAUUGUUGCUGCCUCUGUUUGUUUGCGUUUAGAUACUGCGCGACAGCACUUGGACUGGCGACUGGGCGAACGGUUCUCGCGGGGCCGCCGGCGGCUGGACAUGCCAGCCACGAAGCAGCAGUCUCCAGCAUCAGCAGCAACAACAACAACAGCAGCAACAGCAGCAAACGCUUCUCCUGCUGCAGCAGAAACCCUCUGCGCAAACAGCGGAGAGGGGCCGGUGAUGGCGCCUGCGGGGUCAGAGGCGCAAGCAGCAGCACCAGCAGCAGCACCAGCACCAACAGCAGCAGCAACACCAAUAGCAGCAGCAGCAACAGCAGCAGCAGCAGAAACGUCUGCUGCUGAGGCCCCCCAAGAAGGCCUCAAGACGGAGGCUUCUCCUUCCCCCGCGAAUGAAAUGACGGAUGCAAAACGAAGGCGGCUGUUACCUAACGCGGAAUAA